GUGAUCAUUCCGAGUAUGUCGCAUGAGGUCCUGGACGCAUCACCGACCAGCAAGUGUGCGAUAGAGGAUGUCAGUGAGGAGAAGGAUGACGUCAAGAGGAAGUCUCGUAACCUCUCAGAGAAGAAGAGGAGGGACCAGUUCAACUUGCUGAUCAACGAGCUCUCCAGCAUGGUCGCUUCCAAUACCCGCAAGAUGGACAAGUCCACUGUUCUUAAGGCCACUAUUGCCUUCCUCAAGAACCAGAAAGAGAUCUCCGUGAGGUGUCAGAACCAAGAGGUGAGGGAAGACUGGAAACCUUCCUUCCUCACUAACGAGGAGUUUACUCACCUCAUGCUUGAGGCAUUGGAUGGCUUCAUUAUUACUGUGUCUUGUUCUGGACGGGUUCUCUAUACCUCCGACUCAGUCACUCCUAUCUUGGGACAUUUACCAAGUGACCUGUCUGGGACACCUCUAUAUGACCUUAUGUUAGAGGAAGAGAGAGAGGAUAUGAAUCACUUUCUUUCUAAUCCAGCGAUGGCGCCCAACCCCAACACCUGGUUUGACGAUACCAAAGAAAAAUACACAGUUGCGAUACAUUUGAAGCGUGGAACAAUACACACCUCAGACAGCAUACAGUAUGAACGAGUACAUUUAACUGGGUAUUUCGAGCGAUACAAUUGUCCUAGUGAAGAUGGAGUGCUCGACUUUAGCUGCAGUGAAGCUGAGGAUUCCGUAUCUGUGAGUAGUUGUAGUCGAAAUGGUGGUGGAGGCUUGUUUCAGAGUUCCCUCGUCCACCCACAAGUGUCUCAGGAAACCACAAAAUUAGUCUUUGUGGCAAUAGCAAGAAUGGAGAGGCCUCAACUCGUACGAGAAAUGAUGAUUAUUGAACCAACCAAGACUGAAUUUACUUCAAGACAUAGCCUGGAGUGGAAGUUCCUUUUCCUCGACCACAGAGCACCAACUAUUAUUGGUUACAUGCCAUUUGAAGUCUUGGGAACAUCUGGAUAUGACUACUAUCACGUAGAUGACUUGGAUAAGAUUGCAACGUGUCACGAACAAUUGAUGAAAACCGGUAAAGGGACCUCAUGUUACUACAGGUUCCUGACCAAAGGUCAGCAGUGGAUCUGGCUUCAGACUCAUUAUUACAUCACCUACCACCAGUGGAACUCCAAGCCAGAAUUUAUUGUCUGCACCAAUACUGUUGUCAGUUAUAGUGAUGUGAAAGCUGAGCUGUCUCAGGAGUUUGUUCCAGAUGCAUGUCAUUCUGAAAUUGAAAUUGAUCAGCCUGAGGGUAGCCUGAUCCUGAGCAACACCAGUGUAGCUGGUGCUGGAUCCUCAGGUACCCUGGUGCUGAGCAAUGCUAGUGUGUCAGGUGCUGGACUCUCAGGUAGCUUGGUGUUGAGCAACAAUGGUGUGUCAGGUGCUGGACCCUCAGGUAGCCUGGUGCUGAGCAACACUAGUGUGUCUGGUGCUGGAUCCUCACUAACAGCCACAAUGGGAGAACUAGUGGAACCUCUACCUGAUGAGAAGCCUGUUAUACAAGUCAGUAGAGCUUCUCUAACUGACCCCUCACGCCUUCAAUCCCUACACCUUCAGCAGCACACUCAACCACCCAGUGAACAACAGACACAGCAUCAACAGCACUCAUUUCAGGUGCAGCAACAGAUUCAUCAUCAACAGCAACAAUUACAGUUACAGGAAGACCAGCAACAACAUGAGGAGCAGCAGAACCAACAACAGCAGCAGCUUCAAAACCUUCAUUUACAGCACUGUAUUACAGUUCAAUCACAAUCAUCUCAACUUCCUUCUGCUUUAUCUCAGCAAUCAUCAUCAGCCUUCCAGUCAUCAAAUUCCAAAACUACUCAGCAAAUUCAACAGCAGCAGCAGAACCAACAACAGCAGCAGCAGCAAGAACACCUGCAGCAACAGCAGCAGCAACAACUGCAACAGCAACAACAAUUACAGCAGCAACAACAACAGCAGCAGCAACAACAACAGCAGCAGCAGCAGCAACAACAGCAGCAGCAACAACAACAGCAGCAGCAACAACAGCAACAGCAGCAACAGCAGCAGCAGCAACAGCAGCAGCAGCAACAAAAACAGCAGCAACAUCACCAGCAGCAACAAAAACAGCAGCAACAUCACCAGCAGCAGCAACCACAGCAGCAACAACAGCAGCAAAAGCAGCAGCAGCAACAACAGCAGCAGCAGCAACAACAACAGCAGCAGCAGCAGCAGCAGCAGCAGCAACAACAACAACAACAGCAGCAGCAACAACAACAACAACAGCAGCAGCAGUCGCAACAAAUAAUAGGACUACAAGAUGAAACAGUAGUUGGGUUACAGGACUCAGUUAAUGUAUCACAACAGUCUUUGGCACCAGUGUCCCCCAGCAGUCAGCACUCUGUGUACAUGUCUCCACAAACACCACAGCAUCUUCCAUCAAGAGGAGAACCACCACCAUGGCCAUCUAAAGCCUUAUCAGAUGACGGAACCAUCGAGACAACUCCUUUCAUCAAGCUGAAAGUUCCAGCAAAGAGCUGGGGUCAUUUUAACCAAUCAAGUACCAUAAAAGAGUCUAGUCAAUACAGUGGUGGUAGCAGCUUGAGUGAUGGUGGAUCGAGUACCAAACGACUGCGAUUGCAACAUGCAAUGCAGAAGCAACAGCAGCAACAACAGCAGCAACAUGAACAGAAGCCAUCACAGUUACUUAUAGACGAUCUCGCUCCUCCUGUCUCCCCGUGCUCAGACGUUUCUGUCACCUCACAUGUCUCUCAUGGCUCCAUACAGCAGGAAAGCAAUGUACACUACAGUUCAAAAUCUGUGAAUAAGGAACGAUACUACCGUAAGAUAGAGUUUCCUCCUGAGGUGUCACGUUCUUUAUCAUCACGGCUCUCUGGUUCCUGCGAGGAAGAGAAGAAGGAAGACCACUUUCUUCACAUGAUGGUUAUGUCACCCUCGGGCAGUGCCAGCUCACAUACUUCAGGCGGUGGUUAUGGAGUGGAGCAGCAGUACCUAGGGUGCAGUAAUGGUGCACCACAGUAUGUGGCUGGGGCAGACACUGCUGCAGCUACUGCAGCAGUGUGUAGUACAGCAGCUCAGGUGGUGCAGAUAGCUGCUGUUCCAUUCUCUCCUGUCAUACCUCUCAACCCUGUGGUGACAAACCUUUCUGUACAGCUGCCACCUGUACCAACAACUGAGAAUGAUUCUCAACGCCACCAUGUGGUGGCAUGACCCAGCACUGAAAUGACUGAUGCUCCACACUCCACGAAAAAAACUUUGGUUUUCGGAACUUUUCAGAUUUCAGAAUUCUGGAUAAAGGGAUGUGGACCUGUACUGGUAAGAGAGAAAAAUGUGAGGUGUGGGAUGUAAUUGGAGUGUGAUGAAUCGUAGGUCUGUGGAGUAUUUCAGGAGGUCCAGUGGACUAGUUCAGCAUGAUGAAAUGUAGAGGAAUUAGGGCCAACAUACCA